AUGAACGUGAUAAAAAACACUAAAAAAAAUAAACUCGACGCAGUAGAAGUGGAAGAAAAAGAACUCGAUAAAAUGAAUGUACCUGUGUCAGUAUUAAAACAAAUUGAAGACAGUGAAUCAGACCUUAUUAACUAUACAAAAGAAGGGUCUCAAUUAGUGACUAACGUACAUUUAGCAAAUGACAAUCGCGAAAAUAAUCGUAGAGAAACUGACAAAAGUGAAAGAGAUAUUCGAUUAAAAGCAGUUGAAUUGGAAUCUGAAAUAGCUAAUGCUAAAUUUAUGGAAAUUAGCAGUCAAUGGCCUAUAAUAUUAAAAAAAAACGAUGCCUUAGAAAUCCACGAAUAUUUGGAACUUCAAAAAAAAAGAGGAUUGGAUCUCAUCGAACAAAAAAAUCAAAUGAUUGAAAUACUGAAACGUGAUUUAGCUGAAUCGGACAACAGAUUUUUACAAGAACAGGCAGCCCAAAGUGAAGAUGUUCGAAUUUUACAAGAAAGGAUUGAAAAUCAAGUGAAAUUUAUGAGAAAACAAUACAAAAAUCACAUACAAUACAUAAAAUCAACUAUGGACCAACAGCGAGAAUAUAGAACUAAUAAAGCUAAAAAAGGCUGGGAAAAUCUUUAUAAUAAAAUAAUAUUAACUGAAACCGAUUCGUUAAAUAACCGUUUGGCAAUGAUCGAAAAGAAGGAAAACAAUAUAAUGAAACAUUAUGAAAUUAACGAAGAAAUAAUAAGAAAUUUAAAGUCCAACAUGAAUACAGAAUUGAACUACUUACAAAGGGAAUUUGAAUUAAUUAAACUUAAAUGUAUAGAUAAUGUGGAGAAACUAAAUUAUAAUUAUCAAGUUCUAAAAAGACGAGAAGAGGAAAAUGCUUGUGCAAAAGCUAUCCAAAGGAGAAAAAUCAAUAAAUUGCAGGAUAGUUUAUCGACAAAAAAAAAAAAUUUAAGAGAAAAUAAAACUGAUUUCAAAGCCAAAGUUCCUUUGCUACAGGAUGAAAUUGAAAAAUUGAAACUAGACAUUGAACGACACGAAAAAAAGGCGGAAAGAUUUGCAGAAAUCCAAGAAAAGACGUAUAAAGAGUUGUGGGAUUUUUCUCAAGAACAAAUCAAUAUUCAUUUAGAAAAAAUUUUCAAAGUCGAUAAAUUCAUACACGAGACACAAUUAAGCAUUGACUGGCAGCCACCGCCAAAACUCAAAUAUCUUGACGUUAAUGAUCUUCCAUCUUACAGAAAAAAACCAGAUACGCCAAAAAAACAAGAUAACGUUACAGUAGACUUGCGAGUCCAGAACGAUAGGAGAUCAGUCGACUCGUACACGGAGACCAGAGAACGAGCGCUGUUGCAAUUGGUUUUUGACAUGACUAUGAGAAAUAGUUCUUUUAUAUUGGACAACGAACUAAUCGAAAUCAUUAAAUCUCAUCCGAAAAAAAAUCUCAUUUUAUUGUACAACGCGAUGGCGGCGUACGGUUUGAACAAUAUUGACUCGUGGCGAUGUUUAUUGUUAUACACCCAGUCGAUGGCAACCUGUGCAAUUUGCCGCGGACCGGUCAUCUGGCAUAAGACUGAUAGUAUAAAUCAAUCAGCAAAUACAGAUAGUGAUUGGAAAAAAUCCGAUUUCAAAAACAAACUAAUCGAUAAUAUACUGAUGUUUACUGAAAACCACACGAAAUACACGGAAAUAGUUUUAUCCGCAGCCACUGACGUGUCAAAAAAGAAGCGUUUAAAUAAUGAUAUACAUUUUUUCAAAGAAAAGUCGACUGCUCAACUUGAUUAUGAUAAUAUCAACAACACGACUGUAAACACAAAAUAUAACGACUAUCAUUCAAUAGAACGUGCAAAUACAGAUUCUGACGAUUCGACGAUCACAUUUUCCUUAUCACUGACGGACUUUGAACAAUUAUGCAGUGAAAACGAUUCAAACCCAACUAUAAAAUAUCAACACUCGCUUUCUCAGGUGGAAUUUGAACAUUUUCAAAUAGAAACCGAAGAACAAAACAAUUUUUUAGAAACCACACAACCGAAAUACAGUGAAAAUAUCAAAGAAGAAAAAGAUCCAACUUUUCAAAGAAGACUAUGCGAUAACCCUGAUCAUUCAUUAACAAUUAGUGAUACAGAUUACCUUCGUGUCAUCAAAAAAUCUAUCGAUACUUCAAAAUCAAAAGUUUCAGAUCAACGCGCCCAAAACAAAUCUGAUUUUUAUUUAACAAACUCUUUAAGUGUAAAAGAUAUAAACGAUUAUUGGAAACAGUUUAUGUACGCUUUUCCCGAAGAUCGUUUGAUCCUAUGGGAUGUAUUCGAAAAAGCUAUUAAGAAAUAUUACCAAACGUUACACCUCCGCUUCAAAAAAAUGAAAGAAGUCGAACAACUAGAAAUCGAAAACGUGGAGUUGAAAAACAUUUUAAAGCAGUUUAUAGACGCCGAACAGGAUGAUGUGCGAGUACAAAAAAUUUGUACUCCGAAGAUAAGAAAACAACAGCAGAGAACGUCUGCAAAAAAAAAUUCAAAGCCAACAUUAUUCGCUGACGAUUCUAACAAAAUUUGUGGAACAUCAAUGCAUAUAUUCACAGUUAACAGACCUGAUAAGAAAAAAAUAAGUAGACCGUUCACCGCUCCAACGAAAUCAUAGAUAGGUACAUCCUAGUAGGAAGUAGAACUCCUAUUUAGUGUAUGUUACUGUGUAGGUAUCGUUUUUUGGAUAAUAUUAUUAUUCGAUUUAAAUGUAUAAUAGCUGUAUCAACAUGUAAUAUUAAGCAAUUAAUAUUAAAAAUAGUGAUUAACUA